UCAGGUAGGAGAGAUGCGUCUGUAAAAGUGCUGCACGUGUGCGUUGCGAUUUGUGUGUUUCUCUCGAGUUCUUUUCCAAUCGUCGAAUAAAUUGCGUGUUUUUUGUGCGUGGGUGGAAGAGUUGUGGUCAAAGAGUGAUACGAAAUGGUUCAGGCACCAGAUAUGGAAGUGGCCCAUCCAGACUUGCCACAAGCUCUAGCUUUGCUGGGAGAGAUGAAUGUAAGUGCCCAGCACGUGGCAACUCUCGUUGACAACAUGCUGCAGAGGGUACGCAAUGGCGAGUUGAGUACGGACCAGGGUCUCAGUUUCCUGGAGAUGAAAUACAACAUGCUUCUCAGCUAUUUGAUAAAUCUCACAUUUGUCGUGCUUCGAAAGUGCUCGGGAGAAACGAUCGAGGGUGAUCCUUGUAUUAGCCGGCUAGUAGAAAUCCGUACAGUAUUGGAGAAGAUUCGUCCGAUCGAUAACAAACUCAAAUAUCAAAUUAAUAAACUCGUGAAGACUGCGGCUUCCGGUAAUAAGCUCGACGAUCCGACGACAUUUAAAGCUAACCCUGACGACUUGAUGAGCGGCGGCGAAAGCUCCGAAGAUGAAAGCGAAACAGAAGAUAGCAAGGCCAAAGCGAAGGAAGGAAUCUAUAUACCGCCAAAACUAUCUGCAGUUCAUUAUACUGGAGAUGAAAGUGUACAAGAAAGGAACAAACGUAUACAAGAGCGCAGCAAGAAACAUGCACUUUCCUCUACAAUUAUGGACGAACUUCGGGAGGAAUAUUUGGAUAAUCCUACAGAAAUGACACAAGGAACUCAAAUGCAAAAGAUCAUGGACAAGAGAGUUAAAGAGCAGACUGACUUCGAAGAAGAAUACUUUGUCAGGCUUCCUCAACCUAAAAGCGACAGAACGUUGAAGAAAAGAGUAACGACAAUUAGUUCAUUAACGAAUGAGAUAUUAGAUUUUGGUGAUGGUGGCGGUGGGGUAGCCAAAAAACGUAAGGCUUUUAAAUCUAAGGGCAAACCAAAUAAAAGGAAACGCAUCCAAUGAUUUUCUACUAUGACAAAAGUAAUCUUCAAAAUAAAAAAAAAGAACAAGCAAACACAAAGUUCAGUAGAUGUACAUAUAUAUUAUUAAUAUUUAAACAGAAAAAAAGUGAAUGAAAUAAUAGUCUGUGAUGCUUUAAUAAUAAGCACAGAUUGUAUAUUGAAAAAGUUUUUUUUUCGAAAAGAGCUUAAAACCCCAGUUGCCUAUUAAAAAAAGGAAGAGAGGUGGCAGUUAAACAGUUAAUUUUUGAGUUUAUGUAUAUGGUAUUUUGCUUUAAAAUGAAAGAAAAUAACAAUGUGGGGCAUUUUAAAUUGUUGCAGCUAUACAAGUACAUUCUACUCAUCUGAAGUUUAACAACACUGAUGAAAACAUCGUUGUGCUGUGCCUUCUACAUUUGUAUAAUUUUGUUUAAAUAUUGAGCUGCAGGUAAUGUAGGUUGCCUAUUUCUUUUCGAAGUUGUCUAAAAGGGUAACGUGUAAUCAUUACCAAAUUAAUGAUAGAUGUUUAGGCUAAAUAUUUCUAAAUUCUAACAAGUUUUAGAAUAUCUUUUUUUUUCAAUAAAAUUUUAAUUAAAUAUGAGGAUGUGCAGGUCAAGUAACCUGUUUAACAAUAUAUUGUAACUUUUAAGUGUCGGGACGAAGGUUGGUAACAAGUUUGAAGAUAUUCAAAGAAUCAAUGUCCGUUAAAUUAUUGUAGAUUUCAAAAUACAGUGGUACAUUAGACAUUGAGAUCAGAAACUUAUUUUUUAUUUAUUUUACAAGAUAUGCAGCUAUUGAUCCAGACAAGAGGCUGGCUGAUUUCUUUGAGCUUGCUGUGUGAUGUAAUUUUUUUUAAAUACAUCCAUUUGCCAUAGACGGCUUUGUUGGAAGCACAGUGAGCAUUAUCUCGUAAUUUGUACAAUCAACUCUCCCGAUAAACAUAUUUUCUUAAAGGAGUUUGUAAACCAACAUUACGUGUAGUAUAUAUAUUUUUAAAUUUAUUUAUAUUUUAUGAAAUGGCGAAAUUCAAAAUUAUGAAAGAAAAAAAUAUUAAUCGUAGUUGAGUGAACUAGUUGAUCGUAGUUUAUAUUAUCUUCUUGUGUUUUGUCGUUGUUAUACUCGUAGGAACAUACAAUCUUUGGCUAUAUAUACUCUCGUGCAUUUUUUCGGAUCAUUAUGAUUUCAGUAACUUUAUUAUUUUCGUUUUCAUGGUUUUAUUAUGAAAUCAUUGUUCUUAAUUUCUUUUUAAAAUGAUGAUAUGAAUGUGAAUGAAAGAUGAAUAUUGCGUGAAAUCUAUAGACUGAAGAUAUUUUUACAUAUAUAUAUAAAAGAAGAAAAAAAUAUAUAUUUAUAUUUUGGGUUUUGUUUCUAAAUUCUCGUGUCGUCGCUGUGUUUCAUUCUCGAUAUCGUUUAUUUGGUUUAUUUAGAAAUAAUACUCACCCCAAUUGCCUUCUUUAAUAUAAUAUGAAUAUUAAAAAAGU